AUGGGAAAGACGUCCAAGGAUAAGCGUGAUGCCUACUACCGGCUGGCCAAGGAGCAGGGCUGGCGAGCGAGAAGUGCCUUCAAGCUGCUACAGCUGGACGAAGAAUUCGAUCUCUUCAAUGGUGUGACCCGUGUCGUCGACCUCUGCGCCGCCCCCGGCAGUUGGUCCCAGGUCCUCUCCCGCGUCCUCAUCAAGGGCGAGAAGUUCGGCCGCACCGCCUGGCAGGACCGCGAGGCCAGCUUCCGACAGCAGAUGCUCAAGGUCUUCCCCUCCGGCGCAUCCGAUGUCGAUCAGCCCAUGACGACGCCCGCCAGUGCCACGAGCCCGGGGGACGACGUCAAGAUUGUGUCGAUCGACCUCCAGCCCAUCUCCCCCCUCCCCGGCGUCGUGACCCUGCGGGCCGACAUCACCCACCCCGCCACCGUCCCGCUCCUCCUCAAGGCUCUGGACCCAGACUACGACGCCACGAGCCAGAGCAAGAACGCAGCGCACCCUGUCGACCUCGUCAUCAGCGACGGUGCCCCCGACGUCACGGGUCUCCAUGACCUCGACAUCUACGUGCAGUCUCAGCUCCUCUUCGCCGCCCUGAACCUCGCCCUCUGCGUCCUCAGGCCCGGCGGCAAGUCAUUGUCGGCAAGCCCCGCUCCUCCCGCGCCAGCAGCGUCGAGGCCUUUAUCGUCUGUAUCAACUUCCAGCCGCCGCCCGGCUUCAAGGCGAGCCUCGAGAAACCCCCUCGGCGUCGGCCACCACGUGCCCGCCAUGGUCGAGGAGCGAAAGGGUCCAGCUUCGCCGUCGUGGCCGACGCGUUGCACCAGAACCUCCGGCACGGGCGUCUGGGACGGCGUGCCGACGGCGACGUCGGCCAGGCUUGGCUCGGACGUCAUGGACGUCGAGGCCUACGACGACGUUGACGAAACAUCCGACAUGGACAAGAACAUUCGGUGGAUCGCGCCCUUUAUUGCCUGCGGCGACCUCUCGGCCUUCGACUCGGACGCCUCGUACCAGCUGCCCGAAGACCACGUCUCCCUCGACCCCGUCCAGCCCCCAACGGCACCCCCCUACAAGCGCGCCCUCGAGAUGAGAAAGGUGGCCGGCGGCGCCUACGGCAAGACGACGAUCAAGAGCUGA